UAGCCCUGAGAAUUCUGGGAUUGCAAUGGUGGCGUACAGUAUGUUUUAAAUACGUUUGAAAUAUAUUUGGUCUACAUCAGGCUUCCGGCAAAGUUAAUAAUUUGUUUGAUAAAGGUAAACGACCUUCGUUUAUUCUGCUGGAGUAACUGGUAAACUCUACUAUAGCAGCAAGUUUUAUUUUGAUGAGCUUAUUCAGAUAUGGUAGUUCGUAUAACUUCUAGCUAACGUUAGCUGUGCUAGCUAAUUUACGGCUCUCUAAACUUCUUACUAACUUGCCAGUUAACUGGCCGUGUCGUUUUGGUUGUUAAAUAAUUAUAGUGGUCAUUUUACAAGUAGUAGUAUGGGUUGGCCAUUUCGCCUUAGUCAUAGCUAACAUUAUAUUUUGCUGCUUAUGGUAUGUACAUGCUCGCGGUUUGCAAACUAACGACGCUGGCUAAGUUGUGAAGGCAGACUAGCUAGCUAGCAGAGCUAGUUAACGUUAGAAAUUAAGAAGCGAGUAACGUCUCGCUAGUUGGCAUUCACUGACCAUGCUCAGUUACUUGCGUCGACGUAUUUGCUGUUAGCUAAUGGGAAUUAUCCCACCGUGUAACGCUUGGCAGCGAACUAGCUAGCUAGCUAAUCAGUUUGAGCACUGCUUGUUGUGGUCUUAUUUAGCCAUCUAGCUAACUAAACAGCAGGCCACCAGCCAGACACGUCUUGGAUACUUAAAAAACGAACGUUAAUUAUACUUUCAGUGAGCUUGUUACAUAAAUCGUUGCUUUGGAAAAUGGACACAAGUAUAGCCUAUUAACUUUGCACGGGCCUUCUUAAAACAAUGUUUUUGUUUGUCAACUUUGACGGUUGAGUUGGAUAGUUGGGUGUAGUAGAUCAACUUUUGGAAGGCGAACUUUGUAGGUGUCACCUGGACGGGGGCUGUACUUUAAAAGUAAAUCUGUAAAGUUCGCAUUCUCGAUGGAAGGCGAGGCGAUGGAAGAUGAUGAUUCACUACAUCGGCUGGAGGGCAGCGACCCGGGCAUGCAGGUCGGGGGGCUAAUCGUAAAGAAGAAGAGCGCGGCCGCGGAGCCCCAUGUCUUCCGUGUUCCCACGCCGCGCACCUCUCUACUUGGUCUGGAUCUGCUGGCUAUGCAGAAACGCAAGGAGCGCGAGGCAGAAGAGGAAGACAAGAAGACGAAGAAGUCAAAGGUGUCCUCUUACCGGGACUGGGAUGAGGGUAGGGAAGACUCAGGAUCUGAUGAGGAGGAGGACAAAGAAGAGAGUGGGGGUGAUAGGAAGGAGAGAAAAUACCGUGUGACCGGCUCAGAAACGCCUUCUAACACUGGCGGAGUCAGCGAAGAGUUUCGGCGGAAACACCAGCAGAGGGAGAAAGAGCGACGUGAACACGGAGUCUAUGCCUCUUCCAAGGAGGAGAAGAAACGUGACAGAGAAAAGGACCGAGACAGAGAGAAGAGCAGGGACAAGGACAAGGUCAAAGAACGGAGGAGUGAGAGAGAUGAGCACAGCGGCAGCCGGUCAGAGAGGGGGGAGCGGAGCGAGAGGGGGGAGCGCUCUCAGAGGGAAGGCUGGUCUGAGCGCAGCGGCCGGGGGUCCAGGAGAGAGGAGCCCGAGUCCCCCCGUCACCGCCCCAGAGACGCUCCGACACCGUCUCGGUCCGGCUGGGACGAGGACGACAGCGGCUACUCCAGCUCCCGCCGGUCCCACUGGGAGUCCCCCUCCCCCGCCCCGUCCCCCUCGCACCGGGAGGCGGACCGUUCGGAGCGCAGCCAUCGCUCAGGGAGAGAGAGCGAGAGGAGGGAGAAGGACAGGUCUGUAAGGAGCCGGUAUCCUGAUGACACUCCACUGCCCACGCCCUCCUACAAGUACAACGAGUGGGCCAAUGACAGGAGGCACUUGGGCUCCACCCCCCGUCUGUCACGUGGGAAAGGUAAGAAGGAGGAAGGGGAAGAUGGCAUCGCCUUUGACAAUGAGGAUGAGAAGCAGCAGUGGGAGGAGGACCAGAAGCAAGCGGACAGAGACUGGUACAUGAUGGACGAAGGCUUCGAUGAGUUCCACAACCCGCUGACCUCCACCUCAGAGGAGUACGUGAAGAAAAGGGAGCAGAUCCUGCAGAAGCAGACGCAAAAGCGCAUCUCUGCCCAGAAGCGGCAGAUCAACGAGGACAAUGAGCGCUGGGAGACGAACCGCAUGCUGACCAGCGGGGUGGUGCAGAGGCUGGAGGUGGAUGAGGACUUUGAGGAGGACAAUGCCGCCAAGGUCCACCUGCUGGUCCACAACCUGGUCCCGCCCUUCCUGGACGGCAGGAUCGUCUUCACCAAGCAGCCCGAGCCAGUCAUCCCUGUGAAGGAUGCCACUUCUGACAUGGCCAUCAUCGCUCGCAAAGGCAGCCAGCUGGUCCGCAAGCACCGCGAGCAGAAGGAACGCAAGAAGGCUCAGCACAAGCACUGGGAGCUGGCGGGCACCAAGCUGGGUGACAUCAUGGGCAUCAAGAAGACCGAAGAAGAGGACGGAAAGCAGGGCAAACCCGUGGGCGAGGACGGCGCUGUGGACUACAAGGCCGAGCAGAAGUUUGCGGAUCACAUGAAAGAGAAGAGCGAGGCCAGCAGCGAGUUUGCCAAGAAGAAGACCCUGCUGGAGCAGAGGCAGUACCUGCCCAUCUUUGCUGUUCGGCAGGAGCUUCUCAACAUCAUCAGGGACAACAGCAUCGUGAUCGUGGUGGGCGAGACCGGCAGCGGGAAGACCACCCAGCUGACGCAGUACCUGCACGAGGACGGCUACACCAGCUACGGCAUGGUGGGCUGCACGCAGCCCCGCAGGGUGGCCGCCAUGAGCGUGGCCAAGCGAGUGAGCGAGGAGAUGGGCAACAACCUGGGGGAGGAGGUGGGCUAUGCCAUCCGGUUUGAGGACUGCACCUCGGAGAAGACGAUGAUCAAGUACAUGACGGACGGGAUCCUGCUGAGGGAGUCCCUGCGGGAGUCGGACCUGGACCACUACAGCGCCGUCAUCAUGGACGAGGCCCACGAGCGCUCGCUCAACACGGACGUGCUGUUCGGCCUGCUCAGGGAGGUGGUGUCCAGGCGUUCAGACCUGAAGCUCAUUGUCACGUCUGCCACUAUGGACUCGGAUAAAUUUUCCGCAUUUUUCGGCAACGUUCCCAUAUUCCACAUUCCAGGAAGAACAUUCCCAGUGGACAUCCUGUUCAGCAAGACUCCUCAGGAAGACUACGUGGAGGCGGCGGUGAAGCAGGCCUUGCAGGUGCACCUGAGCGGCAUGCACGGGGACCUCCUCAUCUUCAUGCCGGGCCAGGAGGACAUUGAGGUAACCUCAGAUCAGAUAGUGGAGCGCCUGGAGGACCUGGAGAGUGCCCCUCCCCUGGCCGUGCUGCCCAUCUACUCCCAGCUGCCGUCCGACCUGCAGGCUAAGAUCUUCCAGAAGGCCCCAGACGGUGUGCGCAAAUGUAUUGUUGCCACAAACAUUGCUGAGACCUCCCUGACUGUGGAUGGGAUCAUGUUUGUUAUCGACGCCGGAUACUGCAAGCUCAAGGUGUUCAACCCUCGCAUCGGCAUGGAUGCCCUGCAGGUGUACCCCAUCAGCCAGGCUAACGCUAACCAGCGCUCAGGCAGAGCUGGGAGGACUGGGCCUGGGCAGUGCUACAGGCUGUACACUCAGAGUGCUUAUAAAAACGAGAUGCUGACCACCACCAUCCCGGAGAUCCAGAGGACCAACCUGGCCAACGUGGUGCUGCUGCUCAAGUCCCUGGGGGUCCAGGACCUGCUGCUCUUCCACUUCAUGGACCCGCCCCCAGAGGACAACAUGCUCAACUCCAUGUACCAGCUGUGGAUCCUGGGGGCGCUGGACAACACCGGUGGUCUUACCCCCACCGGCCGACUCAUGGUUGAGUUCCCCCUGGACCCAGCCCUGUCAAAGAUGCUGAUUGUGUCAUGUGACAUGGGCUGCAGUGCCGACAUCCUCAUCAUCGUCUCGAUGCUGUCAGUGCCAGCCAUCUUCUACAGGCCCAAGGGCCGUGAAGAGGAGAGCGACCAGGUGAGGGAGAAGUUCGCGGUGCCCGAGAGUGACCACCUGACCUACCUCAACGUUUACCUGCAGUGGAAGAACAACAACUACUCCAGUAUCUGGUGCAACGAGCAUUUCAUCCACACCAAGGCCAUGCGUAAGGUGCGAGAGGUGCGAGCCCAGCUGAAAGACAUCAUGGUCCAGCAGAGGCUGAAUCUGGUGUCCUGCGGCUCGGACUGGGACAUCAUCAGGAAGUGCAUCUGUGCCGCUUACUUCCACCAGGCCGCCAAGUUAAAGGGCAUCGGGGAGUAUGUGAACGUCAGGACAGGAAUGCCGUGUCACCUCCACCCUACCAGCUCUCUCUUUGGCAUGGGCUACACCCCAGAUUACAUCACCUACCAUGAACUGGUCAUGACCACCAAGGAGUACAUGCAGUGUGUAACGGCUGUGGAUGGGGAAUGGCUGGCGGAGUUGGGGCCCAUGUUCUACAGCAUCAAGCAUGCAGGGAAGAGCAGACAGGAGAACCGUCGGCGGGCGAAGGAAGAGAUCACCAUCAUGGAGGAGGAGAUGUCUCUGGCACAGCAGCAGCUGCGGUCCAGAAGGGAGGAGCAGGAGAGGAAGAGUAACCUGGGCAGCAUCAGAUCAGUGAAGAUCUGCACCCCGGGGAGGAAAGAAGAGGAGCCCAUGACCCCAAAGCGCACGCCCUCACGAUUCGGACUGUAAAUCUCGCACACAUCGUGUGUAACACGCUCACGGAAACGCAGGGCGCUGAUGGACUGUAACUGUACUUAAAAUUGUCACGCCCCCCCCUGGAACUAGCCAAAUUCAACACUAUAAUAAUGUGAACAAAUAAAUAUUGAAAGGUCUGCCUUGUUGUCCGAAGUGUUGUGAAGAUUGUAAUGCACAGGCUUAGCCAGUAGAGGGAGCACAUGUAUAAGGCAGGAGCACCUGGCUGAUUCUUUCCUCCGGCUGAAUUAAAUCAUAUCUGUUUUCAUCAGUGAGCAACAACAUAACAUUUCAGCAUGCACCAUUUUGAACCCCUGUGAUAUGGAGAGAAAUAUUUAAAAUGAAGGCAAUAUGAAUGUUUUUUUUUUUUUUGCUUUAAGACCAGGAAAGGAAGUGUUUAAAUACAGCCGUGUUUACUGUUGUUCUAUAUUGCGCUUGAUUUCCUUACUCUCUGUACUCCUACCCCUGGUUCCAGAAUGACUGGGGACCAUCUUAAAGAGCAGCAGUUUUUGUCAGCCACUGAAAUGUAUUUUUUUUUCUAUUGCGGUGUGAGUGCUGGGUUUGGUAUUAUUAGGAUUAGUGUUAUUAAAUGCAUAUUUUUAAUGACGACAGCAGAGCUGUUGUUUAGCACAUACAGUCAGCCUCUUUGUCUCAGUCUUGCAUCUUGUUGGUAGAAAUGCCACUGUCAGAGGGCUAGUCAAGUACACAUUUUUUUGUGUUCCGAGUACAGCACAGUGCAUUCUGUGCCAAAAUGUAUUCGUCGGUGAGCGGUGUGUAACAGGUAGAGGACGGUGAAAUUGUUCUGUGGUAUGCUGCUGUAUCAGAAAUAUCUCUGAAUCUGCGCUUUGGCUUCUUUGUUUAUGUUGUUCAUUUCCUCUUAGAAAAUGGCAACAGUUUUUAAAAUGGGGAGACUCACUGAUCUUUAAUGUGCUGUCAUGUAGCAAUCAAUGGGGGAACAAAAACCCUUCCCUGAAAUGUGUUGUUGAAGCAUUUUGUAAGUUACACAAGUAUCCAAGGUAUAUCCAUCCAUGAGGGAAUUAAAUUUGUUCACAAGAUCGUCGGCUGAUCAUCAGUGUAUUUAAUUUGAGCCGUUCCGUACUCUACCUCCAUGGCAGUACAUUAGCAAGAAUGCUCGGUCCUCUCUUAAAUACCUGAGCUUUAAAUAUGGGUUUGUGAAUUUGAUACAAAGGCUUCAGUCCCAGCGGUUCGGUGAAAGUCGAGCUGAACCUACCAUAUUCCAUUGUGUCGGGUGUGUGUGUCUCUGUCUCUGUGUCCUUCCUGGGCAGCAUCCUAUUGAAACUCUCAAGGUUCCCAGUCCUCUCUGCAUGUGUAUUAUCAACAGGAGGCAUUAUCGGAAUAUGGAACAAUAGCAAAUGUUUUAUUGUCCGUACCUUCUGAAUUGUCACUCGCAUUCUGUGGGUUGGCACUUGACAGGGACUUUUUGUGACUUGAUGUAUUUUUUUAUUUUUUUAUUUUUUUUUGCACGUAACUGUAAUUGUAGGCUGUGCCGUCAGAGGAAUGCCACUGGUAUAAGAACGACUAGAUGGUUUUUCUGGUUUUCUGCUCAGAUUUUGGCCACCAAUUAAAAAAAGCGCUUGUUUUUGUAA